CUUCAGCCUCAGCCUCAGCUACAGCUGCGACUAAGCCGGGCUCCAGUCGGACAAGCGGAGCGAAAACGAAAUCAAACUGAAACCGAAAGUCAAACGCAGCUGAGCUCGAACGGGCGCCAACGGCGAUCGUCUCUUAACGGCGAAGAAGAAGAAGAAGAAGACAGAAUCACAAAUAUCAAAGAGAUAUCACUGCUGCAGUCGCUGUCUGCGUCGCCGUCGCUGCUCGCUGCUCGCUGUUCGCUGCUUGCGUCGGCUGCGCAUGCUCAGUUUUUGGCGUCUUCAAGCGUUUGGCCCAACUGGCAAAGGUUUCAGUCGUAAUUUUGGCAGCCGAACGUGCAGAGCUUUUCGUCCAAGAGACGCGCGUGCCGAUCCACCAUCGCAACAACAACAACAACGAGUCUAAUUACAACAAGUGCGUAGUAAGCCGCACCAAUCGCAUCCGAAUCAAACAACAUCAGCAUCAACUCUGUGAGCCCUGCUUCAAUUGGAUUUGGAUUCCUUGGCCUGUUGAUUCCUUGUGAUCGCACUGACAUUAGCAAAUGGCACAAGCGCCGCGGCGUCGUCUGCUCUGAGAGACAAUUGCAAUUACCCCAGCUACAGAGUCGGCAAAUGCUUAUGUAAUUUUCGCUGACUGACUGCAAUUGACAUUUGGAGCUGAACAAAAGGUGAAUCGCGCCAGCUGCCACAGCAUGGACGGACACAAGCCACUCCAAGAUGCCGCGGGCAGAGCUAAUGAGGCAGCAGCAGUAUCAGCAGCAGGCAGUGUCAAUGGGUCGGCAGCUCUGCGUCGCCAGCCGACGAAAUAUCCACAUGGCCUGAACAUAACGGUGCAGACAGUCGAUGACGAGAAGGCCGAUGACUACUCGCGUGCCUCCACAUUAAGAAGUAGCAGCAGCAGCAGCGGUGGCGGCAGCAGCGACAUCGAAUCCUGCUGGACCGACACCCAGAAAUAUCGCAUCGGCAUGGUUGGCAGUCCCGAGACCCUGGCCGAGCUCCAAGUGCGUCGCUAUAAAUACCCGUUGACGGCCAACUAUUAUCUGAACCGAGCUGGACCCGGCGCUGGCCCGCAGCAGGAGAAGCCCACGCCACUGAUGCUGCUGGGCUAUGCCAGGCGCGCCUGCCGCUGGAAAUAUCUGCGCUGGCCCAUCAUCUUCGUGGCCAGCGUGCUGCUCUUCUUUGGACUGAUCACCUACUGCCUCUGGCUGCACGACGUCAGCGUGGCUCGAGCACGUUUCCUGCAGCGUCGCUACGAGGUGACCUCGUCCAGCUCAACCACCGAAUGGGACGGCCUGCUCGAUGAUGAAACUAUGGAGGUGCUAACAACGACUACGGAGAAUAUAAAUACCAUGCAGGAGUCGACGCGGCUCAGAGCGGUCGAAAUACACAGGGAACACACGACGGCCAUGUCUGUGACGGAGGCGGACAUUCCGGACGGCGAUGAUGAUUAUGACGAUGUCCUGCUACCUGCUGACAGUAUUCGCUUCACCUCCGGCCACCAGAAUAGCUUUGGAGUGCCCAUUGAACAGGAUAAGCGAAUGCUGCAACUGCUCAAAGAGCUGUUACCGAAGCCGCAGUCCACACCCCCCGCCAAUGUGCGUCUGUUGACGCGCGUGUCGCCAACACUGCCGCCGCCCUCGGGGGUCAGUGGCAGACCGACAGAGGCGAUGACCACGACGCCAUCGAGCAGCAUUGGCAGCGGCUGCAUCUCGACGGCGCUGCCCAUGUGUCGUGGCAUCCUGGACUAUGAUCUGACCUACAACAAUGGCAACGGAGCACCCCGCGACGCUGCCUCCAUGGCGGCCUACGAGCAGCUCAUCGGCGCCAACUGUUCGGCCCGAGCCGUCGAGUUUGUGUGCGCUGCCCUGGAGCCGGAGUGCCGACCCUUGCACAUCGGCCAGCUGCCGCCGUGCCGGCGCAUUUGCAAAGCCAUACUGGAGGCCUGUUCCAUUGUGAUAGCCAACUCGGACCAGCUGAGCGAGCUGUUCGACUGCAGCCAGUAUCCGGAUGCGCAUGAGACGCACAAGUGCGAGGAUCCAACGCGCAGGCGCGACUUUUGCUACAGUAACGAGUUCCAGUGCCACGAUGGCAGCUGCAUUCCCCAGCAGUGGCAGUGCGACAACAUCAAGGACUGCGCGGGCGGCGAGGACGAGGACGAGCAGUGCCUGGUGUGCGAGCACGAGGAGUUCCGAUGUCGCUCCAAUGAGAAGUGCAUAGCGGAGAGCCUGCGCUGCGACCUCAACUACGAUUGCUUCGAUGCCAGCGACGAGGAGGACUGCGACGAUUACGGCUCUGGCGAUGCGGCGCCCUUCGAUGAGGCUGAGUUGAAUGCCUUUCCGCGCAUUUUCUCCUACGCCAGUUUCCUCUCGCCCAAUGAGACGAACGAGAAGCUCUACACUUACAUCACAGCCACCACAGACGAGGAGGCGGGCACCGAGACCAAGUUCCAGGUGCAUCAGGUCGCAGCGCCUGUCCAGGCAGCGAAUGCCAGCGCCGAGGAAGCAGCGGGCGGACCCAAGGGCUUUGUGAACUUUCGGGAUAGCAAGGAGAUCAUGAUGACCAGCGACUCGGAGAACAAGUUCAAGUAUUCCGCGCAGCGCACCAAUCGCACCAGCAACAAAUUCAGCAUCUCCACGGCCACAGUGCCGACGCGCAGUGCCAGCGCGAUUCCGCCGUCGACGCUGGCGCAGCAGCGCGAACGGGAGCGCAUCACAAUCAGCAGCAGUAGCAGCAGCAGCAGCAGCAGCAGCAGCACGAGCAGCAGCACAUCAACUACAAUGGCCACGCCCACCAGAACGUCUGGACGCUGUUUGCCGCACGAGCUGCGCUGUGUGAGUGGCAAGUGCAUAACUGUAAAUCAACUGUGCGAUAAGCAAAUAGACUGUCCAGAUGCGGCUGAUGAGAUCAUGUGCGUCUAUCGUGAAAGGCCCACUGUGCGUGCUGUAUCCACAACAACAACAAAGACAACACCCACAACAACAACAGCAGCAUUAACAACAACAACAACGCCAGCAAUGACCACAACGAGACGUUCGGUGCGAACCAGUCCCAAUCGAAGUCGAAAGCCCAAGUCCUAAGCAGUUGAACUAUAACCGCUGUACAUUAUAUGCAAUUUGAUACAUCUAUUAUUAAUAUUAUUUAUAUAUAACUUUCUUAUCUUUCAAUCGCGCGCUCGCUAUAUGUAUGAUAUAUACUUAUAUAUAUAAUAAUUGAUAAUUGGCUAGAUCUUAAGUUGUUGUAGAUUGUUUGACUAUUUUUAUGUAUCAACUGCCAGGUGAAUGUCUGGUAUGUUUGUGUCUUUUAGCAAUAAUAAAGUUAAGAUUGUAGAUAAUCCAAUAAUCAAAGUGUGGUAAGUGAAAAGGGCAGCACUCUUGAUUGUUUAAUGCAUUAUCUUUUGGCUAUGCAAACGACAACCUUGCCAGGAGCAUAAUACACUUCCAUUGUCUGAGCACUGAGACCUAGAGGGUCUUUCUCUACCUUUAUGCUCACGGUACAAUACCUAUUUAAAUUUUCAAAUACUGAAAUCGAUACAAAACCCAAAAGACAAUUAAACUCGGGACAGUAUUAUAAUUUCACGGCGACCUUCAAGCUGAGGUGCUUGUCCACGUCAGCCCACGCAUAGAAAGUCAUUCGGAAACAUUCAAUUAACGUGCCCAUUGUCAUUGUCAUCGAUAAAGGAAGGCGAGCGAAGGCGAGGGCGGGGGGGCGGGGUCGUUGGCUAGUCCAUUCAUUAUCUAUGUGCGAAGUGCAUUAAAGACACAGACAGACAGCUGACACUCACCCACGCCCAAUGCGACUGGAUAUGUAACAUAAUAUGGCCCCACUCAGGCAGCGGACUGCAACACGGAAGACAACGUGACAACGUGACAGCGGGGCGAACAACGGGGCUUUCGGGACAAAAGGCACUUGUCAAAUGAGUGCGGCUGGCAAAUCUACAAACCACAAGCAGAUUAAAUUCCAGUUCAGACAUAAAUGACCAAACCUAAGGCAAUCUGGAGAUGGAACUCAAUUUUUGAGCUGAGUGGGAGAAUGAUAUAUGAAGGAGCUGAAAUUGAGAUAUUCAUAUAAUUUCUGUUAGAAAUGAGUAGAUGGAUAUUG